CGAGUCCCCGCGGUGAAAAGACAGAAGGCUCUGGAAACCUGUCCGUGAGUGUGUUUACCAGUGUUUUGAAGUUUAGGUUACUAGACACUGUUUGUAAAAAUGAGUCGGCCCAAAUUUGACUGCAUCAAAACCAUUGAAGACGACGACGAAGUCGAGGACUUCUCGGACGGUUCGGACCAGGAAGAAAGUUACCAGCCAACGAAAAAGAAGCAAACUCACAAUGAAGAUUUCAGUCCGGAAUUCCAGUUUGUGUCAAGUGUCCAGGAAUAUAACCAUGAUACUUGGGAUGAUGUUGCUAAAUUCAUAAAACGCAAAGCAAACAAAAAAAUUGAAGACAAGAUUUCUUCAGUCAGAAAUAAACGCUUAAUGAAAGAAAAGAAAGCUGGCAUUAAUGAUGAUGAUUUGGACAAUGAAGAGGUAAAUCACGAUGACGGGGUCAAUGAUUAUGAACUAUCUGAUGAUGAAUUAAAACGAGAUGACAUCAAGCUAAAAGAGAGAAAUUUGAAGCGGUCAGAGAAAAGUCAAAGCAAAGAUCCAGGGUCUAAUGUUUUGAAAGUUGAGGCUGAGGAACUAGAAUCGGAAGAUGACUUCUUUGAAGAUGCUCCUCCCUUUGAUGAAAGUUCCACAUUUAGUCAAAUGAAUCUGUCCAGACCACUUGUGAAGGCCAUAACUUCUAUGAAUUUUAUUCACCCUACCCCUAUUCAGUCUGCAGCAAUACCUGUUGCAUUGCAAGGACGUGAUAUUUGUGCGUGUGCUGCCACAGGAACAGGCAAAACUGCAGCUUACAUGCUUCCCAUUAUUGAACGGCUCCUCUAUAGGACAAGUCAGCAAGUAGCCACCAGGGUCCUGGUGCUAGUUCCAACUCGUGAGCUUGGUGUUCAAGUUUAUCAAGUCACCAAACAGCUUUGCCAGUUCACAACUAUAGAAAUUGGUCUCUCUGUGGGAGGUUUGGAUUUGAAAGCUCAGGAAAAUGUACUUCGUAAAAACCCUGACAUUGUCAUUGCAACACCAGGUAGAUUGAUUGAUCAUGCCAAAAAUGCCCCUUCAUUUACCCUGGCUACAAUUGAGGUUCUUAUUCUGGAUGAAGCUGACAGAAUGUUGGAUGAGAAUUUUGCUGAACAAAUGAAAGAAAUUGUAAAACAAACAUCCCGCACACGUCAAACAAUGCUCUUUUCUGCAACAAUGACUGACCAAGUUGAAGAUCUUGUAUCAAUUUCACUCACUAAACCUGUCAGAAUUUUUGUUGACACCAACUCUCAAGUUGCUCUAAAUUUGAGACAAGAAUUUGUCAGGAUACGUCGUGGAAAUGAAAGAGACCGAGAAGCUAUUUUGGCAGCUUUAGUAUGCCGUACAUUUAGGGACCACACCAUUGUCUUUGUAACAACUAAAAAACUUGCCCAUCGGAUUCGUCUUUUACUAGGCCUAUUAGGAGUUAAGGUUGGGGAGCUUCAUGGUAAUCUAACACAACCUCAACGUCUGGAGAGUUUGCGUAGGUUCAAAGAAGAAGAUUUGGAUGUUUUAGUUGCCACUGAUGUUGCAGCUCGUGGUUUAGACAUUCGUGGUGUAAAAUCAGUAAUUAAUUUUAUGAUGCCAGCAACCCUUGAACAUUACAUUCACAGAGUGGGUCGUACUGCUCGUGCAGGAAGAAGUGGCAUUUCUGUUUCAUUAGCUGGUGAAUAUGAGCGUUUACUAGUAAAAGAUGUUAUUAAAAAUGCUACAACACCUGUGAAAAAUCGAAUUAUUCCCCCAGAAAUUAUUGACAAGUACAGACGAAAAUGUCAACAAGUUGAAGGUGAAAUAAAGAGAAUCUUACAAGAUGAGGCUGAUGAGCGUGAGAUUAACAAAUUAGAGAAUAAAGCCAACAAGGCUGAAAAACUAUUAUUUGGAGAGAAAUCUGAGAAAAGGGAUUGGUUCCAGAAUAAACAAGAAAGGGAGGAUGAAAAAAAAAAAUUGCGUCUGUCAGAUCCUAAAGCUCCUAAACUUACUAAAGCUGAGAAGAAACAGAAAGAAAAAGAGGAAUUGAAAGCCAAAAAGAAACAAGAAAAGCUGAAGAAACAGAAAGCAAAUAUGUUUGAUGAGAAUACACCUGAGGGUCGUGCGCAAAAAGAAAUGCAUAAAAUUUCCCUUCUACAAGCACGACUUGCUAAGAAGAAGAGGAAGCCAAAGAAGAUAGCCACAGUUUAUGAUAGAAAAGCACACUCAGGUGGUGACAAGAGGAAGAUGUCAUCAUUUGAUGUAGAUCUUACAGAUACUUCCAAGAGAAAUCUGAAGAAAAUAAGACACGAGGCUAAUUCAAAGAAGAAAAUGGAUGAAAUUCUUAAGAAGAAAAUGUCAGGCGUCAAUCAAAAUACCAGAAAUAAAAAAUCCAUUGAUAGAAUUAGGCAAAAGAUACAGCAGGUCAAAGAAGAGAAAGACAAACGAAACAAGAAGCAAGGCAAGAGGAAAUGGUAAUAAUGCAGAACUUGAGUUAGAAAUUUUGUCCAUUUAUUAUGGCAUAUUAAUUUACAAUUUAUUGACCAAAACUGAUUGUGAAUGAUUUCUUUGGGGAGUAAACAAAAAUAAUAUGAACUGAA